AUGGAUUGCGGCAGUCAAGAUGGCGAGAGACGACCACCUGGAGGUGCAGCGGCUAGGCAGCAGCAGGAGCAGCGGGCUCAGCAACCUUCUUCUGGCGUGGAUGCCUCGGUUGCUCAGACGGCCUUUGGUCUGCCUGUGCCCGACGACCUGGGCCUUGAGCACCUCAGGGCCCCCGUCGCCAGUAAUGGGGGCAAGGUCGCCGAGGGCGAGGUGGGCGCCAGGGCGCCGGCCAAGCGCCAGCUCGAGUCUUUCAAGCUGCUCUGCUCGAAGAAGAUGCGCGCUGGCUCUAGCGCUGGUUCUAAGGGUGGGAUUGGAAUCAACGGCGGAGCCCACGCAGGAUCUCGCUUUUACGUGUCUUCUGAUGUCGGCGACGAUGUUGAGCAGUUGUGCGCUGACCCUGGAAUCGACCUGGAUGAUUUCUUUGGGCUGCGCUGGCAAACCUUGGUGCUGGUGCACGUCGACGGUUGGAACCGCGCCACUGGCUGGCACUGGCAGAAGAACGGGCCAUGCUCCGUCGCCUGCUGGAACCUGAUGCACCAGGUUCGCGGCGACCGCCACGACCUAGGGGGGCAGCUCUUGGAGCACCUUGAGGCCGCAGAAGUCAAGUUCAAGGGCGAGGUGCUCGCGGCUGAUGUCACGUCGCAUGCUACGGGCUCGGUCGCAGGCGCUGCAAUUCUUGCGCGCACUGCUAUCAUGAUGGCCCCAGAUCUUCUCGAGCGGGAGGUGGUCCCAGGUUUGGAGGUGCUGGUGGCGCUUGCGUUUCAGUUUCUGUUUGGGCACGUCGGGCGCGAGACCAUCGCGGUGCGCAAGAGCGACCCGAAGGCUUUUGAUCUGGCUCGACCGUCGCAGCUGUCCAGGGGAGACAUCGCUCUUGGCUACCAGCCCAGGAUCAUGUACAUGCACCGUCUCCCGCGUCGCCUGAAGGGACCCGGCACCUACUCAGAGCCGCUGCAGGCCGACCAGGGCGCACUGGCAGGGUGUCCGCAUGCGGUUUGCAUACAUGAGGUUCUGGUUUGGUGGGCGCUCCUUCGGCUCCGAGAAGUUCACGGUGACCUUGUACCUCGUGCGUUGGUGGAUGAUCUCUCGGUGCAGUAUGUUGGUUAUGACGCUAAUGGUGUCAAGGCUUUGCAGCUUACCGUGGGGCUGUUUCAGGAAGAGCCACGCAUCUUGGGGUCUUGCUUCAAUGGCGAGGAGUCUGACAUUGUCGUCGGCGCGCAGUCUACCAAGCGGCUCGCCAAGGGCUCCAAGUUUUGGUCGCUGGGCUGGACGCGCAAUCUAGUCAGGUACAUUUGGUGCGAGUGUCCUGCGCUCAUGCAGCCCGACGAGAGCGCGUUGCUGAUUGGUGCUGAGGCAGUGGCGCUCAAGUUUCACCAGGCCAUUGUUGAUAGCGUUGCCUGGGUUGCUGCCGGUGUCGUCAGGUGGAAGAGGUGGACGGACACUCCGCCGCCCCCUGAUGCCUAUAAAGACCCUCCACUGCCGCGGCUCACCCUGCGCGGACAUUCCCUAGUGCAGAAUGACGCCACUGGCGAGGCCGCGGCGGGGGCCCCGGCGGGGCGCGCCGCGUGCCGCGGCGCCGCCGCGGGGGGCUCUGGCGAGCGCGGCGCCGAGGGAGCCGCUGCGCCGGGCGAGGGCGAGGCGGCGGCGGGCGUGGGCCCCAGGGCCAGUGAGGACCGCGGCGGAGGCGAGGGCGCCGGCGCGGGGGGCCCCGAGCGUGGCGCCGGGGGGGCCGAGGCGCCCGGAGAGGCGGCGGCGGACGCGGUGCGGGGUGAGGGCGGCGGAGGUGUCGGAGGGUGCUCCCUGCUGACCUUUGAACGGCCAGCGGUGCGGUUGAUGGCGAAGCUGACCGCGGCGGACGAGAUGGGCGUUAUGGCGAUGCGCGCCGGCCUGCGCCUGGCGCACCGGCGCUUCAGCAGCAAGCCCGUGCCCCUCGGAAUGGACAGCCCGCAGGUGCAGUCCCUGAAGUCCAGCUUCAACAGCCUUGCGCAGAGCGUCAAGAGCUUCUCUCCUGGCGUCUACUUCGAGGAGAAGUACUUCUGGUCGAAGGCCAACGUUGGCCCUUUCUUCCUGCUGCUCUUCUUCACCCCCAUGCUCUACCGCUCCUUCAAGGACCCUCCGACUUCUAUUGGACCCGCCAGCUGAGGAAGCUCAACACGGAGGAUGGGGCGGGCGCGCCCCACGGGAGCGUUGCAAGCGGCGCUGCUGUUCUCGCGUCCAUGCCAGCUCCUCGCGCCGCUAAGAAUUACGGAGACGAGUUUUCGGUAAUUCUCGUCCCCUGAGUCCCCCUGAGCGUCCUUGGCAGGCCGCAGGGCCGUAAGCUACUUUG